AUGGAUGAAACACGUGGAAUUUCGAGAAAAGUCCACGUCAUAGCAGGAUCGGUUAUACCGUAUGGAAGCUGGUACGGUCCUGUCCAGAAAAUAGAUUUUCACAAAGAACCAGAACGACUGCUUGGUGAAACUGGUACUGCAAUUAAGAUUAUCACUGACAUGGGAAUGCUUCAAGCUAAAAAUCCUAGUCAGAAUCCAUGGUACCAGUACCUACUGCCUGCACGGGAUAUUCAUGAGCAAAAUCUGAACCUAUUCCGAUCACGUGACGGGCAUUUAUAUCUCCGAGCUACGAGGGAUAUAGAUAAAGGGGAGGUAAUCACUUGUUGGUACGACGAGGCUUUAGCAUGGGAGAUAAAUGUGCCGUAUCUGACACCUGCAAACAUCAUAGGAAUCGGCAGAUACUGUUGUACAAUGUGUCAAAAGGAAUUCAUCUACCCUAACCACUUAAAACUCCAUAUCAUGCGCACGUGUUCUGGAUUCGAAAAGUCUAAAGACUCGCUGCUACAUCAGGAUCACACCACAGAGAGUUUUCCAUCUUCCCUUACUUACAUAUCAACAGUAAAUACAUUUCCUCAUGAUCGGAAGUGUAAUCAAGACAUGAUUAUUAAGACAGAGAACAAAAGGCAGGACGUGUGCUUGCCGCAUAGCCAGGUGUCUACACACCUCCAGGACUCGUGUAUAAGUCGUUAUACACUCAAAGCUAGCUUUGAAUUAGUUCCAAAUGUGCCAACGUAUGCUGUAUUACGCGAACGUAGGCCGUACCAAAUUGACGUUGGAAACAAUUUGAAAACAGACCUUUAUGUCACCAGUAGGCAAAACCAAAAUUCACACCAAUUAGAUACAGAUGAAGAGGAACCAAUAGAAAUUUUGAAAAAGUCCUGCUCAAUUAUGUCAUCCAAUAAGGGUCACCUGUGUGUUUUCUGUGGCAAACUUUAUUCUCGGAAAUACGGCCUGAAAAUUCACCUUAGAACUCACACGGGAUAUAAGCCCUUAAAAUGUAAAAUAUGUCUGCGGGCAUUUGGUGACCCUAGCAACCUGAAUAAACAUAUUAGACUGCACGCGCAGGGGAGUACACCAUACCAGUGCUCUAUUUGUGGUAAAGUUCUCGUACGGAGACGAGAUCUCGUGAGACAUUUAAAAUCUCGCCAUCCAAACGAAGUAUCACAGUAGAAGCGACUUUGCUAACGGAUAUCAUAUGAUUUUGUGCUAUCAAGGUAUAUGAUA